AUGCUCUCUCUCCUUGUCGUUGCCGCCUCGCUGCUUCCCGUUACCCGCACGCCGUUGCCCAACAAGCCUCCGACCAGCGAACACGCGCACAACAAGCAGCUCGGGCUUCUCGACACUCUCUCGACUGCGCUCGACAAGCACGCGCUCGACCCUCUCGACCCGUCGCCAUCGCGAGUGCCGGGGCUGGACUACUUCAAGCGCCUGGCGCGGGAGGACUACGCCUCCGCCGAAGUCAUUUGGGCUGGACUCUACUGCUCGCUUCUCGUCUCGUUUGCAAUGCAACUCACGCGAGCUGUCGUGCUCGCACAAGUGCUGCCGCCGCGCCUGCUGCUCGACGAAGCUGUGUGCUCGCUGUGCCUGAUGCUUCCUCCCGAGGUGAGCUCGACCAUCCCGCUGUUGCUUAGCUCCUUGUAG